GGCAGUGUGCGUUCAGACGUCCUGCAGACUGGACGUAUUCCGCGCUCCCAGCGAACCGCUCGCGAAACUAUCCCAUUCAAAAAAGUAACCGAAAUAAGUGGACAAGGUUUGUCACGUUGUGCUGCGAUUGCGUUUUUGCCCAAUUGUAAUUAUUAUCCGCAUUGUUGAGUGCAUACAUGGAUACCGCGAUGACAUUACAGCUGAAGUUCCCACUUGAAGAAAUGGGGUUAAUGAACUGAACUGUCAAGUGUAAUUAUUGAAACCAAAGACAAAAUAGUGUUUGACGCGAGCUCACGAUGGCUGCGAAACGGAAGGCUGGCGCUUUGCUCCAACAUGUUCUGCCAAAGGAUAAUUUAACUCCGGAACCGGCGGAUAUGAACGAAGACGACAAUUUCACAAGUCAAGGCUACGCGAAAGACGCUGAGAAGUUGAAAAUGAUGUUGCUAGCAUGGAAUUACCACAAUCAAUCAGGCCGUAACGGCGACAUAUCAGAGACUGGUGCAGACAGCAGCAUGGCGGACCUUUGGGCUUCCUACCACAGCGCCCUGGGCCUCGGAAGUAAGCCCCCAAAACCACCCACGCCUUUGGCUACCGGACACUCGAGCCCCAUUCACGUUGGCUCAGCGACCCCAGUCGAACCGGCCUCUACUCACGACGAGACUUCAUCAUCCGAUAGAACUAAGGAUGAUGAUGAUGGUGGCGCAUCUGAUGAUGACAGUGAUGACAGAGUGGAUCCGCAGCAUCACGACCCGGAACGAUUAAAGGCUUUUAACAUGUUCGUCCGCCUCUUCGUAGACGAGAACCUCGAUAGGAUAGUUCCUAUAUCAAAACAGCCGAAGGAGAAGAUUCAAGCCAUCAUCGACUCUUGUACCAGGCAGUUCCCAGAGUUCGCAGAGCGAGCUCGCAAACGGAUCAGGACGUACUUGAAGAGUUGCAGGCGCAAUAAGAAGGUGCGGGGUGACGGGCCGGCAGCUGGCAACGGUGGGGGGAGCACGCCAUCAGGCAAUGCCUGGGACACUGCGGUGCGUCCGACUCCCGCGCACUUAACGUCUGUACAAGCUGAACAUAUCUUGGCGCAGGCGUGUGAGAACGAGAGCCUCAACGCAAAGCGCAUGCGGCUGGGACUCGAUCCGGUCAGCCAGCCGAUGCCGACCGUGCCCACACCGAUGGCUAUAGACACAACCGCGACGUCGUCGUUCCUCAACCUAUACAGUGGUGCCAUCAGCAGCCCAGCGGCCACCACCACCACCACCGCAGGCCACAGCAAGGCAGCAGCGGACACCACACGACCCUCCAACAGCCCCACAUUGGAGCCCCUGCUCAAUAAUAACAGCCUGAAACUGGACAACGCCAAUGGCAGCACGGGCAGUAAGACUGCCAGUCCCGCGUCAUCUCCGGCUCCACUUUUCCGGCCAACAUUCCCAUCCACGUUCGGCAACCCACCGACAUUCGGACGGCAAAAUUCAUCCUCGAAUCAGGCGUCAGCGCUGUCAAAUACGGCUCUCUUGUCAACUCUUACUGCUUUACCGCCAACAGGUGUUGGUGUGAACGCAGCGAUGGCUGCCUACCAAAGCGCGCUUCUGUCCGCAAUGGCGGCGCACACGCACACAUUCCCAAAUAUGACUGCCCCAACGGACCUGUCCCUCAAGACAUCCACAACCACACUUCACUCGACAUCCACGCCAUCUAUCACUGGCACAACGUCGCAGAAGUCGCUUCUCUCACACAAACUAUCCGGCUCCGAAGUUGGCGCGGUCCGGCAACUGAUCACAGGCUACCGCGAAUCAGCUGCUUUCCUCCUUCGAUCGGCUGACGAGUUGGAAACUUUACUGCUAAACCAGCCCUAGGGAACGCCCAAUCUGGCUAACUACUUCGGAUUCAAAUUCGGAUACUUCUAAAACGUCAAUUUGAACUGUCAAAUGUUGCGCAAACAUGGCCGCCGUGUCAGAUUUGACAUUUGUGACAGAUCGUUGUAUAGAAAUUAUAUCAGUCUUAUUGUAUUUGAAAUUGAUUUCGAUUAUAUUUUUGAAAAAUUACAUAACAGAAAUUAGUUAAAUUUAUACAUCAUUAAUAUAGGUGAAAGAAGUUAGAAAAUGAGUUUUCAUUUAUUUUUAACUGACUGAUGUGACUUUUUCUAUACAAUUCUACAGUAUUGAAAUUUCAAAGGGUUGAAAA